AGAGAGAGAGGGAGAGAGAGAGAGAGAGAGAGAGAGAGAGAGGACAGCCAGCACAGUAGCCGAGACUUUGUGGGAGGGAGGUUGAGCAUAGGGAGACAAAAACAGGAACAAAGUUGAUAAGACGGUUCCAAAGUUCACCUGCAGCUCACCUGGGGAUGGGUGCUCCUUUCCCUAAACUGGUCAGAGAUGGUUCAGGUCGUGGAUAGGAUAUCAUAUGAAUCCCAGAUCUGCUCUCCGAUACCCGGAGGAUUGGGACUUGGUCUCUCCUUGUGUCUUCAUUGAUUUUUUUUUUACCUGGACCAUUACUGUUUUUUUUGUUGUUGACUGGAGUCGUAUUUACUACACAUCGCAUGGUGGGUUCUGCCUGAAGAAAUCAGGACAAAGGAGUACAGACUGUGAGAACGGGAUUUUAAUCUCACUCUUCUGACUCCUAAAGCCCAAUGGAUCUGAGGCCUAGGAAGGUCGUGGUGCUUCUCCUGUACUGCUAUGGUUGUUCUGCCAUUGGUGAAGGUAAGCCAUACUUCAUCUCUAGGAAUUUCAACACUGUGCUCCACUGGAACAAGUUCGACAGCCCAGAUGAAGGGGUCCUUUACAGUGUGCAUUACAAAAGGUACGGAGAGCCAUACAAGCUGAAUAUGGCGUGCCAGAACAUCACAACUCUUUCUUGUGACCUCACUGCAGAGACACCAUACAUCUAUCAAAAUUCAUACUGUGCUCAGGUUUUCGCCAACAGUCACUCCCUAGGCCAUACAGCACUGUUUAAACCUCUGAGAGACACCGUCCUUGGGCCACCCAAUGUGUCUGUGAAAGCCACAACAUCAUCUUUAAAAGUGACUGUCACCCUACCGUUAGGACCGGAUAAUAAGACUUCCAUCGAGGAGAUUUUCAACAGUACCCGCUUUUCCUACCAUAAACCUCCAACCGUCUAUACCCUCAACAUCACUCGUCCUAGCUGGGCAGCACAGGUCCACGAAAGCACAACUGGAGAGUUUGUCCUCAACAAUCUAAAGAACAUCAGUGUAGAGUACUGUGGCUAUGUAGUGUACGUCCCAACUGUAGAAAGGCACCGAAAUCCCAGUGAGAGCCAUACAUUCUGUGUGGCAUUACCAGGUUACCCCCGGCUGCUGUUCCCCUGGUUCCUCCUCUUAGGGUGUCUGCUACUUGGUUCUCUCCUGCUACCGGUGGUGGUGUGUCGUCACUAUGUGAGAAAGAGGAGUAACAUGCCAGACGCCUUGAAACUGACAACCAGCAACAUCCCACCUCCAUCGUGGUACCCUCCAGAAGCCAUCACUUUCUCCACUGCCAAGCUGUACCAUUACCCUGUGGGGUUCUCCUAUGGUGACCUGAAGACUGGUAAACUCCAGAUGGGGUCAAAGUUCACCAGCAGUGGGUCUGGGUCCUAUUCCCCCCAGGACAGAUCCUCCUCCCUUGCCCAGCCCAGGCACUGUGACACCUACAUGGGCCAGCAGGGUCCACCCCCAGAGCACUCCAACAACAGCACCCAGUCCUCCAACUAUAGCAUGGUCGUAGUGCAGGUAUCCAAUGAAGGUGUGAAGGAAGAAUGCCAUCACCAUCCAGACAGCGAAGACAACAUCAACUCUCCAUGGUCAUCUGAAUCCAGUGACCACAAACCCAGUUGGGUUCAAGGUGGUCCAGUUUUGUUUUCGCGUGGAGCACCACCUGAGCCGAACCAGUGUGUUGGAGACAGGGACUCAACGGGGCACCCCCUGGUCCUGCCCACAUUGCGGCGUAUUGAUGGCCAACUGCAGUUGUCUACUCUGCUGCUCCAGCCAGAGACACAGAGUGUCAUGGCCAGCAUGGCACUGCCUACAGACACUAAGGGGCAGCCCCUUUUGUGGGACCUAGACAACACUGGGCAAAGGGCAUCACUAUUGUCUGAUCUGGUCACCACGGGGGAGACAGAGUGGUUGGGCCCUGGUACAGGGAGAGAGGAGGAGAGAACAAUAUACACCCCAAUCUCUCCAUUGUGUUUCAAUAACUCUAAUGACUCACCAUCUCACUCCAUACCUCCCAUCAACCUUGCAGACUGCGAGACCUCAUCAAUGACAUUGUUGUCUGGUUACAAACAACACUGGGUACCCCUUGCCCCUCAAGGUCUAACAGCAGAGGAUAACUUUGUGAUUUCCUCAUAUGCUCCACAACAGGCUUGGAUUGAUCAGGAGGAAGAGGAAGAAGGAGAGCAAGGAGGGGAUGAAAGAGGCAGUGAAUUCUUUCUGGGAGGUUGGGUGGUACAAAUUCUAGGAUGAUUGGUUUUCGUUUUUUAGAUCCCUAAAAUAAUCUUAAGGGCCUCUGUGCCUGUUCUUCGCUCUGUUUGGGUCUCCAAUGUACGCCAGAGACAAGUUCCGUCUCAGCGAGCCUUCACAAAGUGCAGGGAGAAGAUGGAAGGAGCAGAGAGAGGGUUUUGGUGGCAGUGCAGAGUGGGGCUUUCACGGUCCCUCACCUGCCUGCCAUGGAGCUUAUGAUUCAGAAACAAGAGCAGGAUUCUACUCCAGUAUCCAGCACACAUGCCCCCCUCAAUGGAAUCCUACUGAAUUAAUGCUAUAAUUUUGGCCCUUUUUUACAUUAUGACAAAUGUUGGAUGUAGGAUCAAGUGCUGUAAAAUGUAGGAUCAAGAAUAUAGGAUGAAAUGCUGUAAAAAUAGAUUCUGUACAUUUGAUUGUGACGCUCUCUUUCAUUUGCAUAUUUUGCAACAUUUCCAGAAACAGGCUAGUUCUUCCAAUAUAUGUGUGCAUACAUACACACAUCUUAAUGUACACUAACAUGUUCAUUUAAACCAUGACUGUGAAGUUUCUGUAUAAUUUGAAGAAAUUCAAUUUACAUCCAGGGUUGAAUCUGGGUGGCAUAAGGUAAGUAAACAGCCUGUCCUCUCAUGUCAUAAUGUCAUAGGCACAAAGCUUUCAUUUCAGCAUAUCUGUACUUUUGUCUCUUUCAUUUAUUGUUUCUCGUUUGUCAUAUUAUCUGUGUUAUCGUGCUCCACAUUAUAUGCAUCACAAUGCUGGGGGGAAAAAAAUGUAUCGAAAACAAUUGAAAUUCAUAUUAGCAUUGAAGGUGAAGCAUACAUUUCUAAAAUAUUAGUAUCAGAAAUACAAAACAUGGCAGCGUGAGUUACCCGAGAAACGUGUCAAAUAACUUGUGUGUGUUUUGUCUUCAGAGUACGUGACCUCAAUUAACGUCCUCUCAUUGUUUGCUGCUCUUUUGAGGUGAUGAAACUACAGUACAGGAGACAAAAGGCUUGGGUAAUUCUCCACGAGGGUGUGGUGGUUAUGGUACUUUGGUGAGCUACUAACGCCAAACAGGGCACUUAGUAUCUAAGUGACAAUACCUAUGUGUUUACUACACUUUGAUAUAAUAAUGGGCUAAUAAACUGUUAAAACUGUCAGGUGUGAUGUGUAUCACAUAUUCAGCAUAUAUGUACAGUAUAAUACUGAUUUGUUUUUUAUAUGGGUCACUUUUACAACUAAUAUGACUGUGAAUUUAAUGUUUUCAUUAAAAAGGUAACUACUUGUGCUACUGAA